UUACCAUGAGCCGCGAACUGCAAACUUCCUACUUUUCACAGUACUCGGUUGCUGUUUUCGCAUGGCAUUAAAUAAGCCCUAACACUUGUAUUUCCUCAACUUUUGGGGCAAUAUGAACACAGAUCCGUCCGUUGAAACCCAACAUAGUGCACUUCAUUCUCCAAUUUCAACCUCGGAGACCAAGGACCCGAAGAAAGGACCCCUGAGAAGAACUCCUUACUCAAAGUUUAAGAAAGUACACUCCAACUUCAAGUCACCUCUUCAAGUAACCGAGAGCGCUAAAGUUAGUGCUGCAGAGGAGGUGGCAGAGCUACAGAGGAGAAGAGAGCAGUUGGAUACAGAGAUAGCACAGCUGGAGGCUGAGGGAUACAGCGUAGAGGAGCUGGAGCAUCACAUUGACAUGUUGCAUGAAUACAAUGAUAUCAAAGACAUUGGACAGACACUGCUGGGUCGUAUUGCUGCUCUGAGGGGGACCACCACACGAGAUCUCUACGCACAAUUCGGUCUGGAGCUGGAUGACUGAAAAAAAAAGAAGAAAAAAAAGAAAGAAUGAAAAUAAAAUGUUGAGGCUGGUCCCUCGUAUUGGGGGGAAAGGUCAAAGGACCACAGAACUUUGUGAUGGUAUGUGUUCCGACUAAAAAUGUGACUGGAGGAACUGCGUGUUUUCCCCUGGGAAGGCUGUGCACAUCUUCUGGGUGAUUAUUUUGUAAAAACAUUGCCUAGCGUACUGCAUCACUUGGUUUUGCAAGAACGUAAAUGCCAUUGUGGCAAAACGUUGAGAGAGUUUGUUUUGUUUUAACACUCAGUAUUGCAUUAAUCGAGUUUACAUAAGUUCAUGUGUUUAUAAGAUAUGCACAAGUGUAGUCCUGGAACUUUAUUUAUCUACAGAAAAUAUGUGCAAAACCAACUGUAUUGUCACUGUUACUGUUCUAUGUUGACUCCACCCACUUUAAAAUAAAACCAUUUGAGAGAAAGAAAAUAUAUUCGGCAACUCUCACACUCA